CCGCCAGCUCUACUUCUGUCCGGCGGACGCACCUAUCGCGCUCCUUCUGCUGCCGAAGGCGGCCUCCACCACUGGACAGAGCCUCGCUUGGAGAUACGAGUCGCCGCGCCUCAAGGCCGCGGUCUUAGACGAGUUUUUGCGGAAGCGACGCAGGAUUCGCGAACACGACCGGUAUAAGGAAGCCUAUGAGCAGACGGCAGCUGCGCUCAAGAAACAAAAGCACCAAAAACACCUCCUCCAACAAGCAAAAACUGCCAGCCUGGACGACCAACAAGCAGAGACGUCCGUCGCGCAGUACGACUUUCGCGACCGAUUGAUUGAAACCGGUGCACUCCUACGUGGAGACGAAAUUCUCAAGGUCAUGAAAGGCUCUCCCGCGCUUAGUGCCAAGCUUGAUGCCUCGAACACAAAAAGUAGCGUUUCCGCGGAAGACAUUGCAGAAUUUAUGCGUGUAUUGGCGACUGCUAAAAAUAGAGGUCUUGCAGGAGCUGACGCGUCAUCUACAACUCCUCAUACGAUGUUGAUUAAAAAGAACAACAAUCAGAAACAAGAGUAUGACUUCUUAAUGCCUCCGAGUGGAGCGGCUUACUCUCGGACACACAUAAGGCAACUUCGUGCCCAGUUUUCGGCAGCACCAGAACAACCGUCACGAAUGACUGUCCUCCUAGACAGCUUACUCGGCAGUCCGGAGUACCGUGAGCGAUUUCGUUCCCUCAAUGCACCUACGAUUUCUCAGGACUACGUUGCGUUGGACGCCAGUCAAGUGCAGGGCCUUCCGCGCUGUCCAGGGUGUUGUCGGGAUCAGCAAUGGCGUCAUCGCGUAGUGCUAGCUCGAAAUCCGUUUGUGCGUUUCGUGUCCGCUUUCUUCUAUCUUCUUCGACAAGCACUCCUGCGAGCAGAGUUCGGCCUCCCGAAAACUUCGUAUUGGUGGGACGCUGGUAUCCGACUGCUGCUCACGGAAAAAAAGGAAUGCCUUGCAGGAGCCGGCAAAGUAACGAACACAAUGAAUCGCACAGUGCGGCAAGCGAGAAUUUUGCGACAGUCACACCAGAGCAGCGACGAGCAAGAACAACAAAAAGCGACUACAAGCUCAAGCACAACAUUUGCUGCGUCGGGUCUUGCAGAUGGAGAUCAAGUCGUGCCAGACGAGCAAAUAAAGAUUGUAGAUGCAAGCACUGCUGUUACAGCAGCGUGGCCUGUCGAUCUGCCGUGCCCAGAGGAGUGGCGGAAUCACAUGCUGCAGUCGAUGAUAACCCUAUUUCAGAGAUGGUCCAAACUCGUACUUUCUUGGAGAGCGACUUACAGCUUUAGGGGGUUUCACCUGAAUCUCGGCCGCUUUACGACGGACGAGGCGCAUGACAUUUUGCAUUUACGACCUGCCGUUGACGUAAUGACCGACCCUUGGCUUCGAAUUGGCUAUGGACUUGAAAGGAGCACAGCGAUAACGCACUUUCCGGAUGAACAGACACAAUCACUCACACUCCCCAGAGAGCAAGUGUCGCAAGGUGCCUCUGGUUCUACAACAUCUUCGGAGUCAGUUAGAAACGGAAAGCCUUUAAUUUCGCUUGAAGAUCGUGUCCAAGCGAAGCCGCAUUUCGUGGUGCACUUGGAGCAUAAAGCAGAAGACAUAGCGAGACUAGACUCAUUUUUAUGCGAGAACUACGGAAGGCACUGCACAGAUAAAAGUGGCACCUCAGGAAUAAGUAAUCAACACAAGAGUGACUCAGGACGAGGCCAAAAUCCGGAUAUCAACAAGACGAUGGAGAAAUCAUCUUCUUCUGAUAAUCAAGAAGUAGAGGUUCCAGCAAGUGCAAGCGGAGGUGCUGCAACUCCAAAUGCAGCUAAUAUGGCAACAACGUCCACUGUUCCCGUUGACAAAAAAUUGAUCGUCGAAGAGACUGUCACGAAAACUAGUGGCACGUCCUCACGCGCGGACACUCGCACUCUUCCCCGCGACGACGUGAUGGUCCAAAAAAUGCUUGCGUGGGCGGCGAAUGAGAAUUAUGGCACUUUGUACUACGCUUUUCCAGACAUAGAUACUUUUCUUACUUAUCUACUUACGCAGAUGAGAAGCCAAAUCUUUCUUGGCAACAUAUCUAAGCUAUCAUACCACAUGCACUGCAAAAAACUUACACCGUGUGGCUCAUCUCGUCUACAGUGACUUCUAGAAACGCUGGCCAUUGCAUCCAAACAACCUCAAGAAAGAUGUUACAUCUAAGGCGAGAACAGACAAAACCCGCGAUCCCCGCAAGUCUUCGCUUUGGAAUUUUUGUCCGGGUGCCGCUUUGAUCCACACACCAUGCAUUUUCGGUCCAAGGGAUGCUCCAGAAAAGGUACUCAAGGGUCGACGUCACUUCCUGCUGUAGACGAUAUUGGUGGAAACGGGAAUAUUAUGACCAGGCCGUUCCCAAUUUGAUCUGGUCCUUUCAUAAUUAAUACUAUUCGCGACAGCUACAUCUUGUACCAAUGAAUUGCAACUUUAUGCAUGUGUGUAGAGGCUUCGUGUGAUGUUGGAAAGAUCAUGCUCAUCCAAAUCUCUAAGGAUUUGAAUCUCAAGUGCGUUUGUGCGGCCUUGCAGUGGAAAGACCUUUGGAUUGAGGAUAUCCGGAGUCUAUUUCUUCGCCAUUUUGAAAGGGAUUUUGAAGUGCUUCAUUAUAAGAAAGACCUUUUUGACCUACUGCCUGAUGAAGAGAGGAGUAAAUUCUCCACUUUGAUUCCGACAUGAUUUUCAAGAGUAUGAGGAUGCCAAUCAGCAGUCCUCUUUGUCUGAUGAAUUGAAAACACCAAGACUAUGUCAAGCUUUUUCACUUGUUCCAGCACAAAACUUUUGGGGCAGCCGAUGCCGACGCGGAGCAUCUCCUACUGCUG